GAAACGGCUAAUGAUGUCAGACUUAAAUACUGGAAAGGAAGCACUGAAGCUCCUUUCCUUCAGAGGACGCAAACAGCAUUCAUGUCCUAACUGAGUCACAGCUUUUACCUUCAUCAGCUCAUCACGGCCAAGGAGGUUUUCGCCUCUUCUCCACUGACACUGCCCUAAAGUCGCCAAUGUCCUGCAACCACAAGGAUCUGGUUCUAGACCCAGCACUGGUGGAGAACAGGGAUCUGACAGGAGGAGCUGAGUAAAUCCAGAUUCCUCUGGAAGGAGAUAAGCCCAGAUUAAAACUCUGCUGAAGUUUCCAAAAUAAGACUAAAAUUUAAACGUCCCUCUCUGAAGUUGUGCGAUUCAAACAGAUAUCAGCUGAGGAUCAUUUGAUCACCGCUGUUUGAUCAAUAUAGGAAGGCUGAUUAGUUAUAAUAAUGUGAAAAAAUUGAUUCUUCCUGUUCCAGCUUUUCACAAUAAAAGCCCAAAAUAACAGCGAAGAACCUUGUAAAAAAAUAACAGAAGGAUGUUAUCUGCUGCAGAGUGUAGACUGAAAUAAAAAUCUUAUUCUACUCGUUAUAAAAUAGAAUAUUUAUAUCCAUGAAUAUAAAAUAAAAUAUAUUUUUUAUUGAUUAAUCUAAAGAUAUUCUGCCCAUAAGAAUAUGAUGCUAGUGAGACAGAAGAUUAUAGUUUCCUUAUUAAAUUAACAUUUUAAAAUCAGUUUAAUAAAGUAACAGCGUGAGGAAUGAAACUGGUUUAAUGAUUUAUCAAUAAUAUUUGAAUCGUUUCUGAUCAGUGGUCUGAUUUAGUGACUUUUACAAAAUAACUAAAUUACAUGUAAAUAAUUCACAUAAAAGUUUUAUAAUAACUGUUACUGUCAGUGGGAUCAGAGCAAGCGUGUGAUGUUUGUAAAGAGCACAUGACCUUAAUUCAAGCCUGGACCUCAGAAUGAUCAGCAGGAUAUUGAUUACUCUGGUCUGAAGCUCAGGUAUGAGGAAGAAGAAACCUCAUCUGUGCGAGCACUCUUCCUGUCUGUGAGAUGUUCCCCCUCAGCGUCACUGGGACUCAAACCCACCAUCUCCUGUUUACCACCUGCAGCUCACACCUGAAGCAGGCGAAGAGGAGUCUUGCUGGGCAUCGGACAGAACGCAGGUUUAAGGAGCUCUGCGUGUCUGAAGAGCGGUUUUGUUCCUGCUCGGUCUUGUUAAUCGAUCCGUGGUUGUGUCUCAAAGCAGCCGGCUGAAUUCACUGUUGUCCACCAAGGUUUCAGGUCAACCCCCCACCCCCAUUACGCCCACGCUGAACUGCACAUGCUUUUACCUUUGUCCUUAUCCAAAGGUCAAAGGUCAGACACUUUCUGUUACAGAGUUAUUUCAGGAUUUUAUGAGAAAUUUGUAUGACUUUUGAUCACUUACACUGUUAUCCUGACAUGUGUUUGUGUGUGUCUGUGUGCCAUGUUUAGAUUGUUGUGAGGACCAGAAAUUGGAACACUACUAUGCUUGUGGGGACCGAGAGGCCUUAUGGGGACAAAGUGCCCGUCCCCACAAGCUUGAAGACAUUUUUGAGACUCAAAAUGUGGUUUUAGCAUCACAGUUAGAUUGUGGUUAGGUGUGUGUGUUUUGGUAGCUGUGUGUGUGUGUGUGUGCUUAGUUGCAGUGUGUCUCGGCGUCUGGCGGGGAGAGGCCCCGGCUGUCCCAAGCUCCAGAGGCCGCGCAUGCGCCGUGUGGCGGGCUUUCCACAUCGAGGCUGUGAAGUGUCGGAAGUUUGUCGGAGUGAGGCCGAACAGAGGACGCUGUGACUGAACCAAAGAGUGUUUUAAAGGCGAAAAAAGUGUGUGAGGACGCGCGGGGGAAGUCUGCAGAGUACCCCGAAGGGCCGUCGAUGGGUUUGAGCCGCUUCCCGCUGGUUAAUCGGCGCAGACAGCAGCGUUAGCGGCGGCUGGAAGAAGUUGUAAUUGUUUUUUGGCGCUCAGCGGCGAAGAGGAAAGAUGGAGGAUCUGCGGCUGUAGCCGCGGCUAACGCUAGCUGCCCCAGCGUCUUCUCGGCCCCAAUCCGAGCUGCCGAGCGGCCCCGAGGGCGUCCCGCGGUUUGGAUGCUCCCAUCGGACACGGCGAAGUAGCCCCAGCUGCUGUUCCUGUUUGACCCCUGACGGCUCUGAGGAUGGAAGCAGGGCUACCGGAGGCAGGAUCUAGACAUCAGAUGGUGCUCUGAAGAAGCCAUGGGUAGCUGCCUAAGCUGUCCAGAGAAAGAGUCGAUUCCAGAUAAUCAUCAGAGUAAAUUCAAGGUGAUCAAUGUGGACGACGAUGGGAACGAACUGGGCUCGGGAGUGAUGGAGCUGACCGACGCCGAGCUCGUCCUCCAUACGCAUCGCCGCGAUGACGUCAGGUGGCCUUAUCUGUGCCUGCGCCGCUAUGGCUACGACUCUAACCUGUUCUCGUUCGAGAGCGGCCGCCGCUGCCAGACGGGCCAAGGUAAGAAUCCGUGUGUGCCAACAGGAAAUGAGGUCACCACAGGAUCGUGUGUGUGUGUUGAUUCUCUCGGCUACUCGGUGCCGUCUGUGCCAAACGGUGUCACGCGGAUCCCAUCUGUAGGCGAGGCACCAUCUCACCCCUCCAGUCGUCACCCGUCUGUGGCGAGCACCCGGCUGCCGUCGGUGGGGGAGGAGUCUACGCACCCUCUGCUGGUGGCCGAUGAAGCGGUACACACCUACGUCAACACCACGGGGCUCCUGGAGGAGCAGCCGAGCCCGCUGACCGUCACCACCCCGCUGGAGAGCCCGACCUCUCCACAGUCUCAGUGUCCGCCGACGCCUCCGCCCCCUCCGAGGGUCCGCGGGGAGCCACCGCCGCCGACGCCCGCCCCAGCAGAGCCGCAGGUGUUGCUGGAGCCACAAGGCGUGCGUUUCGUGCUGGGCCCCACGCCUGUUCAGAGGCAGCUGAUGGAGCGGCGGCAGAAGGAGCUGAAGGAUGCCGCCGAGCACCAAGAGACUAACGGCCACGGCGAGAAGCCCACCGAGCCCGAACCCGCCGCCACGCACUCCAACGGCUCGUCGGCUCCUCGCCGCCACCGCCCGCCCCCCCUCACACCCGACCUGCAGAAUGUCAAUAACUCGGCCCAGCGGCGCACGGCCCUGCUGGACUAUGAGAACCUGCCAGCGCUUCCGCCCGUGUGGGAGGCGAGGAAGCCGAGCUCCGAGGACGAGGAGAAGAGCUGCGGCGGCUCCAAAACGCCGUCGCUCAAUGGCUACAACCACCACGCCCACCACCACCUGCACCACUCCUACUCCCACCCGUUGUCCGCUGCGCUCGAGUCCUCGCACAACUACGUCAACACAGAGAACGUCACGGCGCCGCUCAGCGCCCAUCGGCCCGACACGGCCCGCCGCCGCGUUGACGGGCCCACCAUCUUCAACUUUGACUUCCGCCGGCCGCUGGUGUCGGGCCACAGCGAGCCGCCCAAGACGCUCAACUACAUCGAGGUGGAGAUGGACGGCGGGGCCGGGAACAAAGGCGCCUCCGACGGGAGCAAUCCCCACACGCCGCGCACCCCCUCCUCGCCGUUGCCCCCCACCACCCCCACCCGCCGCACCGAACUCUACGCCCUCAUCGACAUCGAGCGCACCGCUGCCAUGUCCAACUUACAGAAGGCGCGGCCGCGGGACGACGGCACGUCGCGCAAGACGAGACACAACAGCACGGAGCUGCCCACCAAAAGCACGGCGUGACCCCCCCGUUUGUACUCUGGGCUCCACGCCGAGCCGCACACGGACUCCAUGAGCCGGACACUUCCUGCAGACAGACUGAUGAUGACAUACCUCUGCUGGAGGCGGCGUGCUGAUGAUGUAAUAGACUUCCUUAUAUGGUACAAAUCAGUAUUACUGAACAAAGCAUUCCAUUUAGCCUUUUAUACGAGUCACUACGUGCUGCUGUAAGUCACUUAUGUUCUACAUGUACAGUAGAUGUGCCACAAUAAAAGUCUGGUUUUAUUUCUACUGCA